AUGAGGAGUCCUCCGCUGCGUACCACCGCCAACCUCGUCGCCCGUCACAUCCACAGCGCCAGCAUCGUGACUGCGGUGCCUCGUCCCCGCCGUGCAUUUCAUCUCACCACAUCUGCCAGCCUGCCCCGGAAGCGCAACUUCUUCACAUCAAACCCAUAUCUGUCGUCACAGGCCGGCGAUGGCGACGAAGCGUCUUCCCGCAGCGGCGGGCAGCAAUCAGGCACCGCCAACAGCUCCAAUGCCUCCUCUCCGGUAGCAAAGCGAAAGCCGACUCGAGCCACGCCGACCAAAAACUCCCUUCGUCGAGUCGCCAUCAUCGCCCAGCAGCCGAAGCGGGGCAGCAGUGAGCAUGGCAAUGGCAAUGGCAAGCUGGGCCUGGACGCCGCAGAGGCCGAUCCGUCCAACAUGAUUAGCGCAACGUGCAUCGCCGAGGCCUUUAAUAUGCCCGUUGUGAUGGAGAUCUUGUCGUCGCAUGGCUUCGCAAUUGAUCCCGACGGCACCAGCUUCGACGCCGCAGAGGUUGUCCACGCAAGGGGCGUCAACGGCGGGGACAUUUUUGUAUUCCCCUCGGGCACAAUUGUGACGUGGUCGCUGCCCCCCGACGUCGUUACGAAGCAGAUUUUGCGGGCAGCGGAGGAGCCUCACCCUGACAGCCUGCGAGAGGUUGAGGAUCUCGAGUUCACCACCGACAACGGCCGCGAGACGAGCACGCUCAAGGGCGACAUUGUCGUGUUGGGCACCCGCAAGGAGCACAAAGAGGGCGACACUCUCGACACAACGCUGGCCAAGAUUGCCUUUUCGUCUGGCCUCGCCCGCAGCACCAAGCUGGCCGUCCUCGAGGCCGCCCUGACGUCCUACUUUGAGAGCACACGGAACAUCCCGGCCCUGCUCUCCCAGGGCGCCGGCGUCCCACUCAGCCGCAAAUUCAUCCUACAAAAGACAGGCGAGCUGCUCAGCCUCCGCGCCAAGCUCAACCACUACUCGGAGCUGACGGACAACCUUCCGGACAUCUUCUGGGACAGCCGGUCCGAGCUGGGGCUGGAGGGCUACUACGACCAGGUCGGCCGCGCGCUCGACGUCAACGUGCGCAUCCGUGCACUCAACCAGAAGAUGGACUACGCACAGGAGAUUGCGACCGUUUUACGCGAAAUGUCUAGCGAGCAGCACGGCACUCGGCUAGAGUGGAUCAUCAUUGUCCUCAUUUUCGUCGAGGUCAUCUUUGAGCUGAGGAGGAUUGUCAUUGAGUACAGCGAGAAGGCGCAGGCUGCCAGGGAGCUAGAUGCUGAGAUGUAA